CAUGACUGGCCUGUAUUUAAAUGUGUUCCCUCCGACGAUAAUGAAGCAGUUAAAGGGCGCGUGUCUGUUCCUCGUGUCGCCGCCAGAUGGCGCAGGUGUUCCGCUGCUGUUCAGCAGGUGAUCACAUUCACAUUCAGCGCUGAGAAAUACAGCCUUCACAGAGCUGGAGCCUGAGCUCGCAUUACAGCGUUACAGCGUGACAUGUUGAGGAGCGUGUCUGAAUACCGCGGGAAGACCGUGUUGCGCAUGCGCCGCCUGAUGACGACGAGCGCGAGGGCGGGUAUCACCUGUGCGUGCGCGCGCCCCGUACGUCAGAUCCGACACCCGAUUCAGAUCAGAGGAGCACCGAGGAACGGAUCCGCGCGCGUUACCGGAGUAAUUCCGCGUUUCAGAGCCUCAGAAGACCCGGGUCUGCGUCUCCGAGGGUCUGACGCCAUGCUCCGCUGGGAUCCGGGUUAUUGAUGAGGAUGAUGAUGGAGGAUCUGCCGGACUUCAGAGACGUGGAGAACAAACUGGGCCGGAAAGUUCCGGAGAGUUUGAUUCGUUCAUUCGCGGGCGAACCGUUCGGAGGCUCGGAAACCCGCGAGCGAACCGAUGAUCUGCAGACGCUGCACAACAAAAUCAGCUUCCUGCGGCAACAGAUGGCUCAUCUGCGCUCCAUCGAUGUCCGACUGAUGCAUCAGCUGCUGUCCAUUAACGAGGGCAUCGAGUCGAUCCGCUGGGUGCUGGAGGAGCGCGGGGGCGGGGCUAGCCGUGAGGGCAGCGUGACGGACAGCUUGUGCAGCCUAUCAGACGGCGCGGAGUCUGAGCGCGGCUCCUGCAGCGACGGGCUGGACGGGAUCUCGCUGGGCAGCUAUCUGGACACGCUCGGGGACGAGGAGCCCGACCGCCUCUCGGACGGCCUCACCCCCCCCGCGGACCAGGAGACGCUCGGCAAACCUCCGCUGCGGCCGUGCGUGGAAACCGACGAGUACUACUGCUUCGGAUAACAGAGACAUAUGGGAAGCUACACUCUCAUGCACCAAUCGUUUUGGGAAAUACUUAACCGUUUGUGACUGCUUCAGCUCACACUUCUCCUUCUAAAGUUUUUUUCUGUAAGUCAGGGUUUGACUUUCUGAACAUUUCUUAAGAGAAACGGCUUUAAAAACCCGACCGAUCCUUGAAAACCGAGUAAACCAAGAGAAUCUGUUCCACCCUUUGUCUUAAAUGUUUGAUUCAGGCGUGAGAAUCCGGCUCUAGUCGAUGGAUUGGAUCCGUUGGCUGCGUUCACACUCAUUCGGUCCGGUUUGAAUACUGAAUUCAGUUCGGUUUAGUGAAGAACGUGAUGUCCAGGAGUAUCUCCAGCAGCUGUUAUAUCUCCGGGUCUUAAUUGACGUUUUCACAAAUUAAGGCCUUGAAAGGUCUUAAAUCAGAAAAUCUUUAAAAAAAAACCUUUAAAAGUCUUAAAUUCUGACUCAAACCUGCAGGAAACCCUGUUAAAGGGUCUUGAGCAGUAUUGCGCCGUAUUUAAUUACAAGCACUCUGCAGUUGUUGUCAUCUGCUGCUUUAAAUGCUCGCACCCUGUGAAGCAGGAUGGAUUCUGAUUGGCUGUCAGUGUUUCGUUUAACGACUAUAUAUCAAGUGUAAUUGACCCUUCGCAAAAACCCGCCCUCCUUAGUUACUGUUGCUAUGUCCAACAAGCCAUGCCGCUCUCACACUACACAUCAUGUUCUCACGCAGUAAAAAUACAUCGCGGAAAACACGCCGACAAACAAGACACAGCAGGUUACUUCUGGUAUGAAACAAUUUUGUCUUUUUUUAAAUUUUUUUUAUUAAGAAAUCCAAACAAUAAAUGCAUUUGUGGCUCUUCAAGCGGCACGUGAACCGAUCGUCUUUUCAUAUUCACUUGAAGCACGAAAUAAACAUGAAUGAACAUCAGAACGUAUUUUAUUUAAACCGCAGAAGGACAUUUUCAAGUUUAAGUCCACCGAAGUGAAGCCACUCUCCCGUCUGGUUUGAUUGUUGGGCAAGAUGGCGGAUUCUGCGUUACGAUUGGUCAGAUCGCCUGUCAAUCAAACUCUUUGCGAACGGUCGAUUGCAUCUUUAACAGGAAAUAUUCCUACAGUGUUCGGACAGAAAGAAACGCGUGCCUGCUUUAACACUGUUUGAUGAUGUUAAAUGAGUCUGAAGCACUGAGCGUGAACGUCUGGCUCACACGCUAGUGCUAAUGCUAAUGCUAAUGUCGUAAACCGCUCGCACGUUUACACUGAAAGCUCUCGGUGCUCUGCUAAUGUGUGGACUAACGGGAUUCACAGUCGUUCUGUGACGUUUCAAACGCGUUUGUGUUGAAGCACAAUUCCUGCUCAUGCCAAAGCUAGUUAGCGACUCUUUAGCGCGUUUAACCGACGCUCGUUCAGGUUCGCCUCUUCACUGCAGUAAUGAGAUUGUUCUUACUUGAAUCUUUGACAUUUUCAAGUCAGUUUAGUAACUUUGUUUUCACACUGUGAUCUCCUGAGAACUGUAACGUCACAGCAGGUUGUUGUUUUGUGUCGAUGUUUGAAAUGUAGUUGUUUGUGCUGCUAUUUCAUUCGUUUCUUUGUGUGCUCGAAUACUCCUAAUUUAUAAUAUUCAUUUUCAACUUUGUUUUUGGGGAAAUGUCAGAAUACAUUGUGACUUA